AUGGCUAAUACCCAAUUCAAUCCAUAUACAAAUCGCUAUACAGGUACCGAAUAUGCAGAUACAGGAAAUAAAAAGCCCAACGCAGAGCAGCGAAAUACAGAUGGAACUCUACUAUAUGACUGGGACGGAGACGAAGAUCCGAGGAAUCCAUUCAAUUGGUCGAAAUUACUGAAAUGGAGACUUACUAUUGCGGUACUGAUCGUAUCCAUCCUAUUCGGUCUCCCAGCCGGAGCAUACGGAGCCGGAAACGACGAAAUGAGCACACGAUUCAACAUUAGCAAUUCCGGCUUUCCAUAUUUAUUCUUCGCUACGACUUCAUGGAAUAUGGGUGCUGCAUUAGCACCAUUACUAUUUGUCCCCCUGACUGAGACAUCUGGUCGCAUGCCCGGAUACUUUGGCGCAUAUAUAAUUUUCCUUAUCUUUUUGGUACCCUGCGGAGUAGCGCAGAACUUCGAAACGAUGGUCGUGUGUCGAUUUUUCGGAGGGGGAGCUUCGUCGGUAGCUAUUAACAUUGUUGGGGGUACUAUAUCUGAUGUGUGGAAAGGUCCCCAACAGCGAAGUUUACCAUUAUCGUUAUUUGGGACGACGUCUGUGAUUGGGAUUGCAUUAGGACCAUUUGUUGGCGGUGCGAUAACUUCCACAUAUCUUUCCUUUCGAUGGAUAUACUGGAUCCUUCUUAUAAUUAUUGGUGGACUCCUCCCCGUUUUCUGGUUUCUCUUGGUAGAAACUCGAGGCGAUAUAAUCUUAGCUAGAGAAGCCCAAAAAUGGCGCAAGGAGAAUCCAGACCAGGAGCCACGCUUUGCAAAAACCGAAAUUGAUGUGCCAACCAUAGCGACUCGUCUUAAGAUCUCUUUCAAACGUCCAGUAAAAAUGCUGUGCACGGAGUGGGUGGUAUUUUCGCAAACUCUCUGGGUAUCAUUCGCGUGGGGUCUUCUUUUCCUUUUCCAAUCCUCCGUCACCCAAACCUUCUCCACAAAUUACAACUACAACACCUUUCAAACCUCCCUCAUCCAACUCUCUCUCAGCGUUGGCGCCAUCGUAGCAACCAUCAUAAAUCCCAUCCAAGACCACCUAUAUUUGCAAUCAUCCAAACGAUCCAAGACCGGAACACCCAUUCCAGAAGCUCGACUCUAUUCCUCCAUUCCCGGUUCUCUGCUAUUCACCAUCGGCCUCUUCUGGUACGGAUGGUCUUCCUAUCCAUCUCUCCCUUGGAUCGUCCCCACACUCGGUAUUGGCUGUGUGGGCUUCGGAAUAUAUUCCAUCUAUCUAGCCGUUGUAAAUUACCUGACCGAUUCCUACGAAAAAUACAACGCAUCUGCUCUCUCGGCUGCAUCUUUGGGGAGAAAUACAUUCGGCGCAUUCUUACCACUGGCAAGUCCAGCACUCUUUACAAAUUUAGGAUUUCAAUGGGCAAGUUCUUUGCUGGGGUUCGUCGCAUUGGUGUUGAGUUUAGCUCCGGUAUUGUUAUUAGUUAAGGGAGAGGAAAUUAGGAAAAGAAGUCCCUUUAUGAAGGAGGCGACGUUUGCGAGAGAGGAUACCAGGAUAACAGAGGAGAGUGUGUAG